CAGAGAGAGAGAGAGAAAAAAAAUUGAGGGAAGAGAGGUUGUGUGUGUCUCAGUGUGUGUGUGGAGGGGGGUAGUGCGAGAGGCUGUAGUAAUGUGCUGGAGUGAAUGUGAACUCAGCAAACCACCGUGGAACCUUCUAGACUGCUAUACACAACUUCUACCAUAUCCUGUUAAGUGUAGUGGCGGUGGCUGGCUGUGUGUGUGAAUGUCUGUUCCCAUGGCGCAGCGGGAGACAGGCAGCACCAGCCCGGUGGUCCGGCAGAUAGACAAACAGUUCCUGGUCUGCAGCAUCUGUCUAGACCACUACCACAACCCUAAAGUCCUGCCCUGCCUGCACACCUUCUGUGAGAUUUGUUUACAGAACUACAUCCCUCCAGAAUCUCUGACGUUGUCGUGUCCUGUGUGUCGACAGACGUCCAUCCUACCAGAGAAAGGAGUAUCCGCUCUACAGAACAACUUCUUCAUCACUAACCUCAUGGAGGUCCUCCAGAGGGAUCCAGAGUGUUCGAGGCUUGAAGCCUGUAGUGUCCUGGAGUCAGUUAAUGCUGCUGCUGCAGGAAAACCCCUCUGCUGCCCCAACCACGAGGGCAAGGUGAUGGAGUUCUACUGCGAGUCAUGUGAGACCGCCAUGUGUCUGGAAUGUACAAAGGGAGAGCACAGAGAGCAUGUGACCGUCCCUCUGAGGGAUGUCCUGGAGCAGCACAAAACCCAACUGAAGACACAGCUAGACGCCAUACGCAAUAGACUGCCCCAGCUAACAGCAGCUAUAGAGCUGGUAGGGGAGAUCUCCAAGCAGCUGACAGACAGGAAGAACGAGGCAGUGACUGAGAUCAGCAGUACCUUCGAGGAGCUGGAGAGGGCGCUACAGCUCAGGAAGACAGCCCUCAUCAAUGACCUGGAGAACAUAUACAGCGCAAAGCAGAAGGUGCUCCAGGCCCAGCUCUCCUCUCUCCUCCAGGGGAAGGACCACAUCCAGAGCAGUUGUAGUUUUACUGAACAGGCCCUGAGCCACGGCAGUGCCACAGAGGUACUGAUGGUGCAGAAACAGAUGAGUGAGCGGGUUUCUGCCAUGGCCCGUCAUGACUUCCCUGAACGGCCUCACCAGAACGCCCAUCUGGACUGUCAGGUGGAGACAGAGGGCCUGCGUCGCUCCCUCCAGAACCUGGGCGUCCUCAUUACUACGGCAGCUGUAGGCCACACCUCCGUCGCCACGGGAGAAGGACUACGCCACGCAGCAACCGGACAACAUGUCAGCGUCACCGUGACGACCAAAGACAAGGACGGCGAGCUGGUGCGGACAGGGAACGCGGCGCUGAGGGCCACUGUCACGCCGGUUGCCGACGGAAGCCGCGUCGUCACGGAACCGGAGGUGACGGACAACAAGAACGGGACGUACGAGGUGGGAUACACGCUACGGUCCGAGGGGGAGUUCUCCUUCGCUCUGUCCCUCUACGGCCAGCCGCUACGGGGCAGUCCCUUCCGGCUGCAGGCGGUCAAGCCCUCGGAUGCGCUGCCAUCUCCGGAUGACGUGAAGAGGAGGCUGAAGAGUCCUGGCGGGACAGCGGGUCAUGUCAGACAGAAGGCUGUGAGGAGACCCUCCAGCAUGUUCAGCAUCAAAAAGAAGGAGAACCCCAUCGAGGAUGAACUCAUCCACAGAGUCGGUACGCGAGGGAGAGAGAAGGGCGAGUUCACCAACCUGCAGGGGAUCUCAGCCUCCAGCAACGGCAGAGUGGUGGUAGCAGACAGUAACAACCAAUGUAUACAGACAGAAUGGUCAAACAGUGUAAAAGAAAAAAGUGGUGUCCAUUUAAAUAGAUCUGGCCCGGUGUUCAGUCCACACUUUGUUGCGGUGAACAACAAGAAUGAAAUCAUUGUCACAGAUUUCCACAAUCAUUCUGUGAAGGUGUACAGUGCGGACGGUGAGUUCCUGUUUAAGUUUGGUUCCCAUGGCGAGGGGAACGGCCAGUUCAAUGCCCCCACCGGAGUUGCCGUGGAUACCAAUGGGAACGUCAUCGUGGCCGACUGGGGCAACAGCCGCAUACAGGUAUUUGACAGCGCUGGUUCCUUCCUGUCCUAUAUCAACACAUCAGCUGACCCUCUCUACGGCCCCCAGGGUCUGACCCUCACCUCUGAUGGACACGUGGCCGUAGCCGAUUCUGGAAACCACUGCUUCAAGAUCUACCGCUACCUACAAUGAUAGAGAGAUGGAAGGAAGGAUCGGGAGGGAGAGAGAGAGAGGGACAUGGAGCCAUGGCUGACUCUUCAAAGGUUUGAGGGAUGAAUGGUAGGAGGGGUGGACAGAUGGAGGGACAGAGAGGUGGACCCACAGAACAACUGCAUCAAAGCCUACUGCUUCCUACAGUAGGAUGGAUGGAUGGAUAGAUGGACGGACAGACAGACAGACAGACCGAACCACGGUUCUUAUACUACUACCUACAGUAGAGGGAGCCAGUUGGGAGUCUCCCCUGUAGCUUUACCUUGUUCCACGUAUGUCACUUUCUGCCAAAACUCUCCAGCCAGACAAGGGAGAACUGAACUCCCCGUUAGGAGGCUGGAGUGAAAUGGAAAAUACGACUUUACCGUAGGGGAAUCAGCGACAACAGGAAAGUUAAUAUGUCCAUACUCUAUUAAACAGUGUUAAUAUGUCCAUACUUCACACCCUGGUUGUGUCUAUUCCAUUGGGGACCACUUUGUAAACAAGUGGAAUCGAUUUAGCGUGUUAUCCCCUUGGGUUGUAGUCAGCCAUCUUUUACCCAGAAAUCUAAAGGAGUGUUCCAUCCGCCAUUUUGUGUGAUCUAUAUAACCUUAUAUAGAUGUACACCAUGUAUAUUUGUUUUAGUUUGUUCUAGUUACGCAGAAGAAGAACUCAGCCACUGCACAUGAUACAGAAUGUGACGUUGAACUGUAUGAAUUGCAAAUAUCAAGAGCACAAAGUUAUACACUUUUCUAUUUGUGUUCUUUUUCUAAAGAACUUAAACAAAGGACUUGUUUGUUUAAAACAUGUUUUAUUUCUACAUGAUUUUAUCUUAAAAAAAAAAAAAAAAAAAAAAAAAAACGUGUUUAAAAAAAAAAAAUCUAAUUUGCUGCUGUUUAGAUGUCCUCCUGUCCUCCUCUUCUUGGCCUCGGGUGUGUCCCAAUAAUUCCUCCUUCUUCCUGAAGUGUGCACUUGUUUGGGCUAAAGUGAGUUACCGUUUACCGUACCAGUCAUGUCCUUGUAAUAGAGUGGACGUCCCCCGGGAAAUCAAAUCAAAUCACAUUUAUUUAUAAAGCCCUUCGUACAUCAGCUGAUAUCUCAAAGUGCUGUACAGAAACCCAGCCUAAAAC